AUGAUCGCUUCCAAGUUGCUUCUUCUUGGGCAUCUCGGUGCUCUAGUUUGCUCCUCUGCCUACUCUAGGGUGCUUUUGGGCCAGAAGGGGUCCUUUGAGGAGGAGAAAAACUUCUUCCCCCGUCCUGGAUACGGUGCCGGCCUGGGUGGUGGAGGUGGCAGUGACGGUGCUGGUGCUGGCGGGGGAGUUGAUGCUGGUGGUGGACUUGGAGGUGGUGGCGGUCGAGGGGGAGGUGAUGGGGGAGGUUAUGGAGGUGGUGGCAGUCCAGGGGGAGGUGACGGCGGAGGUUAUGGAGGUGGCGGCAGUGGAGAAAUAGGUGGUGGUUAUGGGUGGGGGAGCCGGUGGUGGAUAUGGUGGUGGGGCUGGUGCUGGCGGUGGGAUAGGUGGUGGAGCUGGAGGAGGCGGCGGUGGCAUGCUUGGUGGUAG